AUGCCGUCGUCGCAACCGCCUCCUCACGUCCUCCUCGUGUCCUUCCCUCUCCAGGGCCACGUCAACCCGCUCCUCCGCCUCGGCGCCCGCCUCGCCGCCAGGGGCCUCCUCGUCACCUUCACCACGUUCCGCCACGCCGGCCUCCGCGACCCGCGCGACGACGGCGGCGCGUGCGUCGUCGCCGGGCGGCUCCGGUUCGAGUACCUGCGGCGAUCGCCGGAGGACGACGACCCGGGCCGCUACCAGGACCCCAGCGACAUGCUGCGCCACGUCGCGGACGAGGGCCCCGCGGCGCUGGCCGGCCUCAUCCGGCGCCAGGCCCGCGCGGGGCGGCCCGUGGCGUGCGUCGUGAACAACCCCUUCGUGCCGUGGGCGCACGACGUGGCCGGGGGCAUGGGCAUCCCGUGCGCGAUGCUGUGGAUCCAGUCCUGCGCCGUGCUCUCGCUGUACCGCCACUUCUACAGCUCCCCCGAGGCCUUCCCCUCCGAGGCCGACCCGGACGCGCCGGUCGCGGUGCCGGGCCUGCCGGCGGUGGCCGCCGACGAGCUGCCGCUCAUGGUUCGCCCCGAGUACGCGCGGAACCUGUGGGGCGACAUGCUCAGGGCGCAGCUCGGAGGGGUCGGGAAGACGGUGUCCUGGGUGCUGGUCAACACCUUCUACGGGCUCGAGCGGUCGGCCAUCGAGGCGCUUCGCCCCCACACGCCGGUGGCGCCCGUCGGUCCGCUCCUGGAGCACGACCACCACUACGGCGACGACGACGAUCCUGCGGCGGCAGAUGACGACGACGACGGCUGCGUGGCGUGGCUGGACGCGCAGCCGCCCCGCUCCGUGGUGUACGUGGCGUUCGGCAGCCUCGUGAACAUCGGCCGCGGCGAGAUGCUGGCCGUGGCGGAGGGCCUGGCCGGCGCCGGCAGGCCCUUCCUGUGGGUGGUGCGCGACGACAGCCGCGAGCUCCUCCCGGAGGGCGCGCUCGCGGCCUGCAGCGGCAGGGGCAAGAUCGUGGCGUGGUGUCCGCAGGGGCGCGUGCUCGGACACGGCGCCGUCGGGUGCUUCGUCACGCACUGCGGGUGGAACUCGGUCGCGGAGGCGCUCGCCGCGGGCGUGCCCAUGGUCGGGUACCCGUGGUGGUCCGACCAGUUCACCAACGCCAAGCUGCUGGUGGAGGAGUACAAGGUCGGCGUCCGGCUGCCCACGCCGGCGACGCGGGACGCCCUCCGUGGGUGCGUCGACGAGGUGAUGAGCGGGCCACAGGCGGCGGCGUUCCGGAUGAGAGCGAUGGCGUGGAAGGAGGAAGCGACAGCGUCCGUUGCCGAUGGCGGGUCCUCGGACCGGAACCUGCAGGCUUUUGUUGAAGAUAUCCGUCGGUGUCAUGAGAAAAGAUCUGAAGGCAAAACAUUUUGUCUGUAAGUUUUACCAAUCAGUGUCAGAACCGCUCGCAGCUUCAGAUUGUUGCGAUGACAAGAUCAAAAUGGAAUCGUGAAAAAGAUUGCAAAAUAAGAAAUUAAGAAUCUUUCCAAAUUAAGCAUCAGAAUGUUCUU